UGAGGCCAAGAAUGUGCCGGAUCCCUCAGAGUGCACGAAUAGGAUUGCUACUGCAAAACUGCAUAUGAACGCUCGAUAGGAAAUACAUUACCGCUAAAAGUUACGGCAACAGAAGGUCUACAGAGCACAGUGGUGAUCAAUAAAAUCUUAUCUUAAUAUAACUGUCUACAGUCGAGGCAAUAUGUGUCCAAAUCAGUAUAUAGGUCACUUUCGCUGUGGGCUGGAACAAACGUGUAAUCAGUGCAGCAAGCAACACGCUUUUGAUAAGCGAGUAAGACGAUGAAUGUUCAUCGUUAAAUUUCCCCUAGAGUCCACAUAUCACCAGGGCUCCGAAAACCCCCUUGACCCAAAUGGGACUCGGCUCAUUCUUCAUUACACCCUCACGGACUAUGUUGGUCACGUGACCGCCUGCCGCUCUGCCCAGCCCUGUCCAGCCCCUGGCGAGAGAGGAGCGUCCUCCACUCGGGCGGUGAUAGAGGAGAUCCGCACCUGUCGGAUGGACCGUCUGCUGCCGCACGAUCCGGACAAGUGAGGAAGACGUCCCAGGCGCCGCAUCCGCUGCACGUGGUACAUCGGGGCGAUGGGUACACUCCGGGACCUCCAGUUUGCCCUGCAACUAAAGAUUGAGGAGCUCCGUCAGAGGGACACGCUCAUCGACGAGCUGGAGCUGGAGUUGGACACGAAGGAUGAACUCAUUCGCAGACUGCAGGAGGAGCUGGAUCGCUACAGAGCCACCGCCUCCCUCCCAGGAUCCUCUGCAGCCAGCGCAGCCUGCUCUGCUCAAGGUGAGGACAGGCAGCGAGCCAGAAGCAAGGCGGUCAUCUCCGAGCCCCUCGCGCUGGACCCAGUGGCCGUCGCCAGGGUUUCCAACAGAAACGGCGACGCAAGUCAGGAGUCCCAGAGGUUGGUUCGGGCUGCGAUUAUGAAAAACGACUUGUUGAAGAACCUUGGCCAAAGGGAAAUCGGCGGCAUCGUUGCCUGUGUGCAUCCCACCACCGUCAAACAGGGCUGCUGCGUCCUCCAGGAGCAGACCAAAGGGGCGCAGGCCUAUGUUUUAGAAGAGGGGCGGCUGGACGUGACCAAAGACGGCAAGAGGCUGUCCACGCUGGAGCCGGGGGACAUGUUCGGCGAGCUGGCGCUGCUCUACGACUGCGCUCACGCCUGCUCCGUCUCAGCACAAAAGGACAGCAAGCUGUGGAUCAUUGAGCGCAGGAGUUUCCAGACUGUGCUUAUGCAGAGCGGCCUCACCCGUCUCUGUCACUCCAUGGAGCUGCUCAGCAGCGUUCCCUUCCUGCAGCCGUUGCCACAGGACGUCAUCAUGAAAAUGUCUGAUCUCAUGGAGGAGACGCACUACAGCGACGGUGAUUACAUCAUUCGACAAGAGGCCGCAGGAGACACCUUUUAUGUCAUUAGCAAAGGCCAGGUGAACGUGACAGAGACGAAGCCCGGCCACGAGGAGCAGAGCGUCCUGUCGAAGCUCUCUGAGAGGCAGUGGUUUGGAGAGAAGGCUCUGUGGGGGGAGGACGUUCGAAACGUGGACGUGAUCGCUGCUGGCGACGUUACGUGCUUGGUCAUAGACAGAGAGGCCUUCACAGGCGUCAUCAGUGGCCUGGCGUUGGACUCCUACCACCAAGUCCCACCAAGCCACGAAGCCAGAACUGAAUUGAACCAGGAGCUGACCUUCCUCUCAUCUGCCACCUUAAGUGACUUCCGCAUUGUUUCCACUCUAGCACCUGGGGAGCUUGGCCGCAUUGACCUGGUGCAGCUAAAGAGCAACAGCAAGUGUCUUUUAGCCAUGAGGGUCCUGAGGAAGAAGCUGAUGUUCAGCAGUGGUCAGCAGGAGCACGUCCUGAGAGAAGGGCGCAUCCUGAUGGAGACGCGCUGUCCAUUCAUAGUCAGGUGUCUCCUCUUUAGCAUCGGUCUAAUCAGCUGUUUGACGUUUGGAUUACAGAGGAUGUUAACCGUUAAAACGCCUUUUUUCAUGGCUCACAGGCUGCAUAAAACCUUUCGAGACACAGAGUGCCUGUACGUUUUGACAGAAGCGUGUCUUGGUGGGGAUUUGCGCCACGUGCUCACAGAUAAAGGCUGUUUGGAUGAAAGCAGCACCAGGUUCUACACGGCCUGCGUCGUGGAGGCCCUGGACUUCCUUCACGGUCGGAACGUAGUGUACAGAGACGUGAAACCCGAGAACGUUGUCCUCGAUGAGCGCGGCUACGCCAAAUUGAUUGGCUCCAGGUGCCUGAAGAGGCUGGAGGUCGGGCAGAAAACCUGGACGUUCUGCGGCACGCUAGGCUACAUGGCGCCUGAAGUCAUCCUGUACAAAGGUCACAGUUUAUCUGCAGACCUCUGGUCGCUGGGUGUAUUUGUGUUUGAACUUCUGAGCGGUGGGCUCCCGUUCAACAGCGCUGACCCGAUGAAGAGUCUCGCUGGCACCAUUCGUGGCACCGAGCUCAUCGACUUCCCAAAGAUCAUCAGCAAAAGUGCCUCGAGUCUCAUAAAGAAACUGUGCAGGAGUAAUCCCUCGGAGAGACUUGGCAGUCUGGGAAAUGGGGCCAAGGACAUUCAAAAGCACAAGUGGUUCGAAGGAUUCGACUGGGAUGGACUGUGUAAAAGAACGAUAAUCCCCCCAGUUAUUCCCCAGGUUAAAUAUCCCCUGGACAGUGGUACGUGUGGUCAGUAUGCUAAGGACUCGCUGGAGCUCAGCACAACCUGGGAGGAUUUCUAAGUGAUGAACAUUAGCCCUCAUAAAAUAUUCACUGUUUAAAAUUACAUUUUCAGGCAAGGAUAUUUUCUUCAUUAUUAGUAGCUGACCUGACUAUAUUGUACUAACCACAGUUGCUACUAUGUUAAACUGAGUCAGCUUUUGAUGGGAAACCUUUAUAGAUUUCUAAACACGGUUAGAGAUGUUUCUGCAGUGCAAUAAAUAAGUGUGAACA